AUGGAUCAUAAUUAUAUUUCAAGAGAUGCCAUUCGAUCAAUUGCAAAAAUUUCACCAGAAUUAGAACAUGAAUAUACAAUUAGUAAUGAAAAACUAAAUCUUGAUAAAAUUAUGCAAAACAUUAUACCUCUUUAUGUUAUAGAUACUAAUAUAAGUAGCUCAACAAUACCUAUAGCUCAUAACGAAGAAGUUCAUAUUAAUAAUAAUGAGUGA